AUGAGUGAUCGACGACAGCCGUGGGCUGACGGGCCUUUUGAACUCAUUAGUAGCACCCGCACUGGAUACAAGAAAGGAAUCAAAUCUACAGGGGCAAACAAAAUGGCCGACGACAUGGUGAUCAUUCAUAACAUGAUCCUUCGUAUUAUCAACACCGUUUAUCUCCAGUGCAUAAACGUGGAGAAAUCGCCAAAUGAUGUCCUGGCCUUCGUCUCAUAUGCGAUAGAAUGGGGCAAAAUGGUAGAAGAGCAUCACCACACAGAGGAGACGGAAGUUUUCCCCGAGAUUGAAGAGAUGGUAGGCAUUCCAGGUCUUAUGGAGGCCAAUGUCGCACAGCACGAGGCCUUCGUUGGCGGACUGCAUACUUACCUUGGGUAUCUGAGUAGGGUGCAAAGGGGGGAAGAGCCGUAUAGUGGACGCGAACUCAAGUCAAUUAUCGACUCGUUCAUGCCAGGUCUGCGGCAACACUUGAGUGACGAAAUUGACACACUUAUAAAGCUCGGGGAGUACGAUCGGGAGUGGGAUGAGUGGUUUGAGAGGCUCCACAAGAAGCUGCUGGGUAAGCGGAACGAUCCUGCCCUCAAGGUGAGUCUUUGCAUGUUCCGUUGCCUCUCUACCUUUCCCACCUCCAGCGGGGCCGCGGAAGUGCAGCUAUAUGAUUGA